GAGGUACCUCGUCUGGCUCGAAGCCGCGAUCAUCAGGGAGGAUUACAGAGAACCGGGAGCCGGGAACCCCUCCUUUUUCUUCCCGCCCCUCUCUCCUGCCCCUCUACACAGCUGGCCGCAGCUGGCUUAGGAGGCCCCCAUUAAGGAGGAGGGGACAGUGCUCACAAGUCUGGGCAGGUGGUCCACAAAAUAUGAGGGGCAGGGGCCACCCCUCUCUGCUGCUGCUGUACCUGGGGUUGACCACCUGUCUGGACACCUCACCCAGCGAGGAGCAAGACCAAGAAGUCUUCUUGGACUCCCCCAAGGCCCAGAGCUACCUGGGCAGCCACAGACGAAUUCGUCGAGCCAAUCACUGGGACCUGGAGCUGUUCACGCCAGGGAACCUGGAGCGGGAGUGUUACGAGGAGAAGUGUUCCUGGGAAGAGGCCAGGGAGUACUUUGAGGAUAAUACCCGGACGAAGCACUUUUGGGAGACGUAUAUCCACAAUGGCAAGGCAGGGCGUGGACGAGUGGAUGUAGCAGGCCUGGUUGUGGGGCUGACAUCUGGCAUCCUGGUCAUUGUCCUGGCCGGCCUGGGAGCCUUUUGGUAUCUGCACUGGCGACGUAGCAGAAGCCAGCUACCGAGUCCUCAAGAGGCCGAGCUCAUCAGCCCUCUGAGUCCCCUGAGCCCCCCGGGCCCGCCAACGCCCCUGCCGCCACCCCCACCGCCAGGCCUCCCCACCUACGAGCAGGCGUUAGCGGCCUCUGGGGUGCACGACGCACCUCCGCCACCCUACACCAG